GGACAAAAUCUCUUAACUACUUUUGCAGGCUGAAUUUUGGCUAAACCUUUGCCUAUUAGGAUUGGGACGAUUCAAAUCCUCGGUGUCCUAUGGAGAGAUUAAAACAUGGUCGAUGAAAAUUUGACUCCUUUUCAUUACACAUUCAAGCUGCACAGAAAGAAAAAAGUUAAGGAGGCGUUGUGUGGAAUUCGUGAAGCAACGAAUAUUACAGUAUUCAGCAGAAAUUAGUACCAUGCCUCUAAAAGUGAAUUAUGGGGUUGAUUACAAUGAUGACUACAACGUCUAUGAGGAUGAUAAUUAUCACUAUGAUGAUUUGUAUGAAUAUGAAAAUGAAAAAAGAGAUAUUACACAUCAGACAAAGGCAAAACAAGAAGUCAUCAGGACUGGAGCAUGGCGUUGCCCCAUUUGUACAUAUGAUAAUGAAGAUAGUAUGUCUGAAUGUGACAUAUGUGGGGCUUUACGUAAUUGUUUGGUCAGAAUUAGUCAAACUGGUGAUAGCACAGCAGAUACUUUCCAUGCAGGUGGUGGCAGAUGCAAAAGCUCUGGAGCAUCAGUGAUGGCCAAGUCUCUUUUUGCAUCAUUUCGACACCGGGCUCCUGCAAAGUCUGUAGCCUUUGAAGCAAAAAACGAUGCUGUCCUGAUAGAAGAUGCUUUUAUAAUCCGUCGGAAUUUUCAAGAAUUCCUUAGGGCCUUUAGCUCUCAAAAGCAUCAGAAUAUUAAUAUAGCAGCCCCUUUCAAGUUCGAUUCCCCAUCUCCUGAUGAUUUGGUGUCCACUAGACUGCAUUCCUCAAAGUUGGAUUCCAAAGCCAAUUUCAAAAGAUUAUCAUCAUUAGAUAUGUCCACAAGGGAAAGAGAAAAGAAUAUUCUUAUUGAAUCAGAGUUGGGUACCGAAGGGCCCAAUUCCUCAUCUGCAUCAGUGGCGAGGGAUGGCGGAGUGAAGGAGAGAGACUUUGCUUCAGACUGUGGGAUCAAACCAGAAAUACUUGUCAGUCGUAUGAGGAGUGUUUCUUUGUCUUCCAAAUCGAGAACAGGAAAUGUUAACGAGGAAACGGGCACAUCUAAUUUGGAAUAUAAACCCGAGGCAUGGAUGAUACCAGAUCAAGCAGAAGACAGAUUGAGUCAACUAAAUCUUGCGAUUGUUGGCCAUGUUGAUUCUGGAAAAUCAACACUUUCAGGAAGGUUACUUCAUCUUUUGGGACGGAUAUCCCAAAAAGAGAUGCACAGGCAUGAGAAGGAAGCUAAACAACAGGGAAAGGGGUCCUUUGCUUAUGCAUGGGCAUUGGAUGAAAGUGCCGAAGAAAGGGAAAGGGGUAUAACCAUGACUGUGGCUGUUGCUUUUUUCAACUCUAGGAAAUAUCAUGUUGUUCUGCUCGACUCUCCUGGCCAUCGAGAUUUUGUUCCAAACAUGAUAUCCGGAGCAACACAAGCAGAUGCUGCCAUUCUGGUGGUAGAUGCUUCAAUGGGUUCAUUUGAAGCAGGCCUGGAUCCUAUUGGAGGACAAACAAGAGAGCACGCACUGCUCAUUAGAAGCUUUGGAGUUGAUCAAAUUAUAGUUGUUGUUAACAAAAUGGAUGUAGUAGAAUACUCCCAGGAACGGUUUGAAAUGGUUAAGCAGAAACUUGGAACAUUUCUUCGCUCAUGUGGUUUUAAAGACUCUUCUGUAUUAUGGGUCCCAGCAAGUUCUAUGGAAAACCAAAAUUUGGUGGCAACUCCUGAUGAGCGAUUGUUCUCCUGGUUUCAUGGGCCUUGUUUAUUGGAUGCAAUAGAUUCUCUUCAACUUCCUGCAAGAGAUUACUCAAAGCCGUUACUAAUGCCAAUAUGUGACAUUAUCAAAUCACAAUCACAAGGUCAGGUGUCUACAUGCGGGAAAUUGGUGACUGGAGCUAUUCGAACUGGUUCUAAGGUUCUGAUUAUGCCUUCAAGAGAAGUAGCGACAAUACGUUCUCUGGAACGGGAUUCUCAAGCUUGUAAGAUUGCAAGAUCCGGUGACAAUGUCACGGUCAAUUUACAGGGUAUUGAGAACAAUCAUGUGACAGCUGGAGGUGUCUUAUGUCACCCUGAUUUCCCAGUUCGCGUCUCAAACCACUUGGAACUGAAGAUUCUUGUGCUUGAUAUUAAGAUUCCAAUUCUAAGUGGUUCUCAGUUGGAAUUACACAUACACCACGCAAAAGAGGCUGCAACAGUUGUGAAGAUAUUGUCACUGCUCGAUCCAAAGACUGGGAAGGUUACCAAGAAGUCCCCAAGGUGUAUAUUAGCAAAGCAAAACGCAGUAGUUGAGGUUGUUCUACAAGGAUCGGUUUGUGUAGAGGAGUACGCCAAAUCCAGAGCUCUGGGACGGGUGUCACUUAGAUCAUCAGGAAGAACUGUUGCGCUUGGUCUUGUAACGCAAAUAAUGAAGACCCAAUAAUAGUUUCGAUAGGAGAUAAUUUGCAUUGUUACAACCAAAAUCUGUAAAAGAUCUGUAUUCAGAUGCCUUACCAUCCAUUUUGAUAUAGAGGUGAGCGGCAUCAUAGUUUUAUUUUGUAUAAAAGUGAUUCACUCUGGUGUAAAUUAUGAAAUUAAAUGUAUCUCUCCUUAUUUGAAAAUACUAGGGUCAAAUAAAUCUUUUUACUC